AUGGGAUCCAACGUGGAGCUGGUAUGGCCAGAGGCAGAGGCAUAUUCGUCACGGGUGAACAACUGCUCACAUGCAAAUUCAUCUCUAGCUGCAAUUCGACUGAAGUUGAGUGCGGAACAAUUAGAACAAUUCAAGACAUCAUGCUUUGGCCAUCUUCUGAAUAUAGAUAAGAUUCAGUUUAGCGGGCAGAUUGUGCAUGGGGCUGUGUUGCGUAGAGUAGCGGGGCAGGGUGUGAAAGACUUGGAUGGACUGAGUUUCUUAUUAGGGUGUGACGUUGCUCAGUUCAGUCGUCAGGAUUUCUGUUUGAUCACAGGGCUUCGUUUUGGGGAAGUGCCUGAAGUUUCCAGUGGAGGGAGUGAUGUAAGCAGACUUCAGAAAAGAUAUUUUAUAGACGAAGGAAUUACAUGCAAUGCUUUAGAAGAAGCAUUUAUGAGGUGCACAGAGGAAGAUGACAUCUACAAGCUAGCUCUUGUUUACUUUGCUGAGUUAGUGGUUUUGGGAAGGGACAAACAUUUGAACAUCAAUCUAAAUUACCUGACCCUUGUAGAGGACUUGGAUGCGUUCAACAGGUAUCCGUGGGGUUCGGUGUCCUUUGACAAAACCCAAGAUAGUCUAUUUUCUGCACCAACAAAGUAUGUGAAAAGCUUGCAAAAUGAAGAGGGAAGAGGGAAGGGGAAAAGUAAGGUAACGGGAACAAGCCGGAGAAAUGAGAAGGGCAGGAAGGAUAAGCAUGGUGAAGCGCAAAGGAGUGGCUGGAGUUUUAAAGAUUUGGGUAUAUGA